UUUUGAGUCACUUCUUCGUGGAUGUUGUGAGGCAGGUCAAGAAACAUGGCGUUAGGCACUUUCUUUGGGUGCCUGUUCAUCUCUUUUGGACCAGUGGCAGCUUUGUUCUUCCUCACUGUGGCCAAGGAUGCCCAGGAUGUCAUUGUGUUGAUUGCAAGUGGAUUUUUCUGGCUGCUAGCUUUGCUGUUCUCGGCUUUGUGGUGGCUAAUCGUAUCACCAUUAAAGGAUGAGCUGGCUUUCGCCGUCGUCUUUUCUGUACUCUUUCAAGAGGGAUUUCGAUACUUGUACUUUCGACUACUCAAGAAAGCAGAUGCUGGCCUGGUUCAGCUCUCCGUGUCUGUGGACUCGCCACUGCGGCGUCACAAACUGGCUUAUGUGUCUGGAAUGGGUUUUGGCAUUGUCCAGGGUAUCUUUGCCUACACCAAUGUGCUGAAGGAAUCUGCCGGCGCCGGUACUGUGGGAUUCAUCGACGGUCACCCUGACCAGUACUUCUUCUUCCACUCAGCAUUGAUGACGUGCUGUUUCAUCCUGCUGCACACUUUCUGGGGUGUGAUGUUCUACGAUGGCUUCAACAGGAAGAAGUAUAUCCACGCUGUGGCUGUAGUGUGCAUGCACUGGUUAACAUCGUUGUUGACUUUGCUCAAUCAACAAAGACAUAGUCCAGCGAUUGCCCUCGUGAUCAACUACCUUGUCUUGCUUGUGUGCGUCGGCUGGUCGUACCACAUCACUGGCCUGCCCCUGUCCAAUCUCUCUGCUCUCUUUCAGAUCCGGGCGAAACGCACAUGAAGUCUCUUGCUCCUUGGAAGUCGUCAUCAGGCGCACAUGCUCACCCAGCCAUGCAUGUGUGCGCAUGCACACAUGCACCAUGGGGUGAAACUUUCGCGUGCAAUGCUAUCUACUACUGAAGCAGCACGUCCCUAAGCCCAACGUGCAUGUAGUGGACCUUUUCCAUGGGCGUGUUAGACAUACAUUGCUACACACCACAACAUGCGUUAUAUACAUGCACACUGGCAGACACAUGGACUCGUUCCCUUGAGCAGCAUGCCUGUUUCUCUUUGCUCAAGAAAGUUUUAUUAUUAUUGAAGGAUGCAGGAGCAUCCAUGGCUGAUGUACCUAUCAGUUCUCGUUCAUUGAAUUGUUUCAAACUCUCCAUGUGUUGUCCGUCACUACAUGUAAUUGCUGCUGCUGUAUCAUGCCAUCUUAUUCAACUGCUUUUGUAGGCGCCGUCUAAACUGGUUUUGAUAAAUGGGCGCGCUUUUUCUCCUUCGUUUCCUGAUGUGAUUAAUUUUGUAUUCUAUUAUUGUAUAGUAUUCUAUUGUAUAUCACUCAAGUCUACUAUUACAAGAGAACUACUGGAUCAAGAUCGA